AUGGCGGCGACUGGAAGACUAGAUCUGGACGGGAAUCCGAUUAAGCCGAUCACGAUAUGCAUGAUCGGCGCCGGCGGUUUCAUCGGGUCUCACCUCUGCGAGAAGCUGAUGGCGGAGACGCCGCACAAGGUCUUGGCCGUCGAUGUUUACAGUGACAAGAUCAACCACCUUCUUGACCCCUCCUCAUCGUCCUGGGGCGAUCGCAUCCAGUUUCACCGCCUGAACAUUAAGAACGACUCUCGCCUCGAAGGUCUCAUCCGCAUGGCGGAUCUUACCAUAAAUCUUGCUGCAAUAUGCACUCCAGCAGACUAUAACACACGUCCUCUAGACACAAUCUACAGCAAUUUCAUCGAUGCUCUCCCUGUGGUUAAAUACUGUUCAGAAAACGGAAAGCGCCUCAUACAUUUCUCCACUUGUGAAGUUUAUGGUAAAACAAUUGGCAGCUUCUUACCCAAAGAUAGCCCUCUGCGGCAAGACCCAAAUUACUAUGUUCUUAAGGAGGACAUCUCCCCUUGCAUUUUUGGCUCAAUUGAGAAGCAGAGAUGGUCGUAUGCAUGUGCAAAGCAGUUAAUUGAGAGAUUGAUUUAUGCCGAGGGUGCUGAGAAUGGUCUUGAAUUCACAAUCGUGAGGCCUUUCAACUGGAUUGGUCCCAGGAUGGACUUCAUACCUGGAAUUGAUGGCCCAAGCGAGGGUGUUCCAAGAGUUUUGGCCUGCUUUAGUAAUAAUCUCUUGAGGCGUGAACCGCUAAAACUUGUCGAUGGUGGUGAAUCCCAAAGAACUUUCAUUUACAUCAAGGAUGCAAUUGAAGCUGUUCUUUUGAUGAUUGAAAAUCCAGCCAGGGCUAAUGGCCACAUAUUCAAUGUGGGCAAUCCGAAUAAUGAAGUCACAGUCAGGCAGCUUGCUGAGAUGAUGACUGAGGUCUACGCUAAGGUUAGCGACGAACCUGCACUGGAUACACCGACCAUUGACAUAAGCUCGAAAGAAUUCUAUGGCGAAGGAUAUGAUGACAGUGACAAGAGAAUUCCAGAUAUGACCAUUAUCAACAAACAACUUGGAUGGAAUCCAAAGACCUCUCUCUGGGACUUGCUCGAGUCGACUUUGACCUACCAACACAGGACGUAUGCUGAGGCUGUGAAGGUGGCUACUUCAAAAGCCCUUACAAGUUGA